CAGGAUAUUCUAGCCAACCAGCCCAUGUUUCUAAAGACGACUUCUCAAACUACAUGAUGGUGCAGCUGAUGGAAGGAACUCAUCGCCUCAAACUGAAAAAAGGUGUCAUUCCAAGCAGGUUUGAUUGCCAAGAGGGGAGACACAAACACAUGCAGCAGAGGUCUUCAUCAAUGAGAAGACAUCACAAAAGCUUGGUUGAACUUGCCAUGGAGCAGUUUACGAAUGAGGACGUUGGAGGUGAUAUGCGAAGUCGUCCACUGGAGGGGUCUGAAGCUGCUACAUCAGGACUGGGUGAUGCUGCAACCAUCACAGGAACAGUAUCUGCCAACGGGGAGAUGGGAGUGAAGGCUCCUGACAGUGAUGCAUGCGACAUGGACAUUUGUGUCACAGGUAAUGUGUGUGGUAGUGGUGAUGGUCUUACAAUGGCCUGCCAGACAGACCCCAUCUACCCAAGGAGUGCAAUGGUAGAAUUCGUGUCAAAGGCCUGCCAAACAGAGCCCAUCUACCCGCUCCAGGAUGAAGGAUGCAUGUCUGCUUAUGAGGAAUCUAGUGAUGAAGCUGAUGAUGUAGAUGAUGGAGGGGAUGAAUAUCAUCCCAGUGAUGCAGAUAGCUGCUCUGAAAUUUCAGAUGACCAUGAGACUGACUUCGAUUUCGCUUCCUUGCAAAGAAUCAGAACUUUGUGCGAGAUGCACCCCAAACGCUAUUUGGGUGUGCCAGCAGAUGCAAUGUUUGUGCUGCACAUCUUGGCUGAGGAGAGGAUCGCUCCUACAUUCAAAAGCUCGAAACUUCAACCUUUCGACGUAGUCCUUCUUGUGCUAAUGAAAAUCAAACAAGACAGGCAGUUUGAGUUCUUGGCAGAUGACUUCGGUAUAGAUAGGUCUUAUGCUGGUCGCUUGUUUGCCAAAUAUGUUGACCCAAUAGCCCAAGCUUUGAAAGAUUUCAUUGUGUGGCCAGCUGAUGAGCUGAUAGCUCAAAAUGUUCCGUUGGCGUUCAAAGCACGGUUCAGCGAUGUUACGUGCAUUAUUGAUUGCAUGGAAAUCGAGAUAGAAAAACCGUCCGCUCCUGUGAAACAAGCACAGACAUGGUCGUCUUACAAAUCUGCAAACACGCUCAAGUACCUUGUCUCAAUCCUCCCGAACGGACUGGUCAAUUUCGUGUCUGAGGGCUACGGUGGUAGGGUCACCGACAUGAGUCUCAUAUCUCGCUGUGGCUUCUUGGAACGCCUCCAGCCUGGGAUGGUCGUAAUGGCAGACCGAGGGUUCAAGGGCAUUGGUUCCGUUUUGACUGAGAAAGGCUGCCGACUUGUGCGUCCCGAGUCGGUUAUCGCUGGUGUUGUGCCAUCAAAGAAGGAAGUUCUGUUCAGUAAACAGGUCGCCAGUCUCCGAAUACAUGUGGAACGUGCGAUCAGGAGAAUUCGAGAGUUUGCCAUGCUACGACCUCAUGCUGUCCUUGAGACAAAACUCAUUGGUGUGGCAGAUGAAUGUGUAUCCAUAGCGUGCGGACUGAUCAAUGUCCAGCCGCCACUAGUCAAAGUCUGAACUGUAAGCAAUAUGUGUCAGUUACCCAUCGGUUAUGCACCAGGAAGCGUAGCUGCGUGUAUAAAGGAAACCAUGGAUACUGUAUGCCGAUUCCAUGUCAUGUGUAUGUGUUUUUUUUUUGUAUCAUGUAGCUCUAGCAAGUGUACGUAUACGAUGUGAUAUCUGCGAGAGGAUGUCUGCAGUUGAGCUCGUAACAACAUUCUUGUUUAUGAAUAAGUUGCCAAAACUUAUUGUUCACAGACCAUCAUGUGAUAACGUUUCAAAAUAAAAGUACAAAGAUAUUU